AUGGCCGACGCCUUUCAGACCCAGAUCGAGCGCACCGCCUCGACCUGGCGCGCCGCCGCCCGCGCCGCGAACGCUCGCGCGGGGCUCUCCGCAGAGCAGCACAUCGAGCAAAGGUCCAAGGAGUGGCUCGACGAGAUGGAGCCCCUCGUCGCCCAAUUUGACUCGUGGUCGUCGUACGAGCACCACGUCGCGCUCGGGAUCAUGAGCGAGAUUGAGCGGCGCGCCGAGGCGAGGCAGGCGGGCGAGCCCGGCAUCGACUUGCCGUCGGAGGAAGACGUGCACAAAGAGCUGGACAAGCAGGAGAAGACCUACGACUACCUGCGCUGGCUCGGCCGCCAGAUCAUCGCCGCGUUCGCCGGCCCCCGCACGCGGGUCGGCUCGGAGGCGCGUAAACACACUGCGAGCGAGUGGUUCCAGCACGGCGUCCUCGCGCGCGUCGACCAGGCCGAGUUUGAUGGUGAGCGCUCUGAGGCGCGCACGGGCGCCAUCGCGGAGCUCGACGCGGUGUGGGCCGCGCUCGGGGGCAAGAAGCCCAGGAACCCGGCGACGGGGAGGCGGGUCGCGGCGAGCGGGUCCGAGCAGCUGCCGAGCUUGUCCGACACGGAGCACUUCUCGGCGCUCGACGCCUUCCUGAAGCGCGUCGACGACCAGCGUCGAUGGGCCGAGGAUCGUGCUAUUCGUUGGGCGCUCCUGGCCGCGUCUGAGGCCGCUCGAGGGACCGCCAGUGUCGAAGCCGAGAGCGAAGCGGUCAAGGCGGCGAUCGGCAAGCUCGCCUGGUGGGCGAUCAAGGCCGAGCCGGCACGAGUCGUCGACACGGUCCGCCACGCGCUCGACAAGCUCAAGACGCAAGAGUCGGCGCCGACGGCGGACGAAAAGCGUCUCGCCAUCAUCGCCGCCUUGGGCCAGCUGCGCCUCUCGGCCGAACGCUCGCACGCGCGCGGUGUCCCGGCGCGCAGCCUCGCACACAGGUCGAUGGGCCGGGUCGAGCUCAGCGCGAGGCAGAGCGCCGUGUACGGCCGUGCUAGAGCUGGCUGGUGA